CCUGCACUCUGCAGUUUCCUGUCUCCUGCCCAUCCCUGUGUUUUCUUCUCUCUCUGACUGGAGAUUUUAUAUUUUUACUAUAUUUCUGAUUUGAAAAUCCCAUUUUUUAAGCAUAUUUUGAGUUACUUGUCCCCCAUUUCUCUACAAUACGUUAUCAUAUUCAAUGAUAGUUACCACACCCGUUAUAGACUGGUCUAAAGCUACCUGGCAGAUGUAACAAAUUGGCAUUUUGAGCUAAAAAUGCAAUUCGGGAUCUAAAGUUACAAUCUUUCUUGAUUUUAAAGACACCCCAUUUGAAUAAAAGCUAUAACAAUGGUGGGUUUGGUUGAUUCUUGGUGUUUCUGUAAUGGGGGUGGCAAGUCUGAGAAAAUGAAAGCUACCAUUUUUUCAGGCAAAGGUUCUGCUAUGGCUUAUAUAGCUUCGAGUGGCACUGGUUUCUUGAUCCACCGGAAUUUGCUGCUUACUACCCAUGUAAUACUUCCUUCUGUGGUUGCUGCUGAAGCAGCUGAGAUCCGUCUUCAAAACGGAGUGGUUGCUUGCCUUUUUCCACACAGGUUUUUUAUUACCAGCUCCGUACUAGAUCUGACUAUAGUGGGCCUUGACGUCAUGGAUGGAGACACAAAUGCACAUGUUCAGCAACCUCACUACCUGAAAACUUGUUCUAAACCUAAUCUUGAGCUGGGUAAUGCCGUCUACCUGUUAGGUUAUAGCGAGAAAAAGGAGUUGACAGUUGGCGAAGGAAAAGUGGUAAUAGCCACCGACAACCUUAUAAAGCUGUCAACUGAUGGAAUGACUUGGAGGCCGGGUUCUGCUGGUUUUGAUGUUCAUGGCAAUCUAGCCUUCAUGGUGUGUGAUCCAAUGAAGCUAGCAACAUCUCCUAACUCAAAAUCCUCAUCAACUUCGCCAUCUCCAUUAUCAUCAUGGAAAGACUGUCCCAUGCAAUUUGGUAUACCCAUCCCUAUCAUAUGCGACUGGUUGAACCAACACUGGGAAGGAAGCCUUGAUGACCUCAAUAAACCAAAGUUACCACUGAUUCGGCUGAUGUCUACUGGUCAAAGAAGUGAUCAUUCUUGUGCAUCCUUCACAAUGCGGCGUGUUUUUAAGUCAACUGAAGCUGAAAAUGACUGCACACCAUCAUCUUCGAGCGGAUUGCCCCGACCUAGAGAAGAUCCUGGACCAAGCUGUUCUGCUGUUCCCACUAACUUGGAAGAGGAAGCAGUAAUUACUCAUGUCCAGGGAAUUCCAACUCCUGAAAUUUUUGAGUCGCGGAGAUUAACUUCAACACCAGUUGGGAAGACCGAGAGUACUCAAAUCCAGCUUUUGGAUAUCAACUUUCCACCAAGGAUUCUCAUCAAAGCUGCUGGAUCACCACAGCAUGUCAGAAAGACCCUAUCCAACUCUGAUGAUGAUUGUAUCGAUAAAGCGAGAGAAGAAAAUUCUAGUGACAUUGGCCAGCCAAGCCCUGUGCCAGACGCUGAAGUUGCGUCUACCAGAUCUGUUAAUGGGGCCCAGAGUGAGGUUGAAUCAAGUUGCUGUCUCAUAGAGGUAUUGAAAGCUCAAAAUGAAUACAGUAGUGAUGGAGAGACGACAAUGUACUCCGCAGAAACUGCUGAAAGCAGAAACUAUCCAAGUCCUAAAGGGGGAAGGUUUCAUCAAGUAGGAAGAAGCCAAAGUUGUGUCAACUACAAUAGAUGGGGGCCGGUUUCAAAAAACUCAGCAGCUCGUAGGGCUAACCAAGAACAAAAGAGGAACAUUAUGCAAGGAAGAAAGGUCUACUCCCAAGGGACAACUUCACAAAGGAGUAAUGACUAUUACAGCCCGACAGUAUCUUCAAUCAUGAAGAAACGGAACAACAUGGAGCCACAAAUCAGACCACCACGUCUAAGUGCAGGAAACUCAUCACCAAGAUGGAUGUUUUGAUUGAUAAAUACUGAAAAAAACUCGUUCUUUAUACCACACUCUCCUUUUUUGAGCUUAUAUGAGACUACAUUGCAAAGAAAUUAAGAAAGCUGGAGAAAACUCGAGCAAAGGCAGCUUACUGAUUUUCGAUAGCAGGUGCUACAGGUUAUUGUUCUUCCACUGGAACUUCAAUGACAUUCUGUGGACUUUAUGUUGGAGAAAAGAUCUCAGAGGCAUCUUCAACAGUCCCAACAUUUUCACCAGUUAAGGAUUGGCUAGUAACUGCUGCUUAUCAGCAAAAUAGAUGAAUGCAACAUAGAAUUCAAGCGUGACAGGAAGUGAAACCAAAGCAAAUGUUCAAUACUGUGUUCUCUGAGAUAAAUAAUACUCUGGAAAAGUGACUUGCUUUUUCUGAAGGUUAAAUUGACAACCUCAUCUGAUGCAAUUCUUUAUUAUGUAUAUCUACAUUUUACUCUAUGCAUACCAAUAAAAUUGGCUUCACUUUCAUUUUCA